CUGGGGCCAGAGAGCGCCCCGGGAACGGCUGUUAAGGGGGCAAUGCCCUCGCACUGUGGGGCCCCUCGGGUGCGGGCGCAGAAAGGCGCACUGGACGCUGGCUGGCGGGAGGGUUACGGCGCGCGAGGAACCGGGCCGGGGUGGGGGGGGGGUGGGGGGGCAGGGGGGGCAGGGGGCGGGCCCUGGAGGGGACCCAGGCCCCGGACCCGCGCACGUCGCCGCCGUCGGAGGCGCGCCCAGGGGCGGAGCCGCCCGCCGUGCCCCGCCCAGGGGAGCCCCCACCCAGGCCCCGCCCCUGCGUGCGCUGCGCGCCGGCUCCGCCCCCGGGCUCUCGGCCGCGCGUCUCUCCUCAGCGCCCGCCGGCGUUCUAGAACUCGACGCGCCGCCGCCUCAGGUGCCGGGACCGAGAGCGGGCGGCGGCGCCGGCCGGUCCGCUGCCCGGUCCCCUGCCCGACCCUCCUCCAGCCCUCGACGGCUUCACGGCCUCCUCCAGCCCGCCGGGCGGUGCGCUACGACUCGUUUCCCGCGAUGCUGCCCGCACCGGCAAGGAGACUCGGCCCGGCCACGCGUCCGGCCGUGCGGGACGAUGGACACAAGCUCAUCCCCUUUGCCAAGUGUUCCAGGGUUGUCUGCCGAUCGGCACCCCCCGGCUUGCCUUCCCAGAGCCCCGGACUGAUGCCCCAGCAAUACGGAGACCUCUUCUGGGAGAACCUUAGCCAAAAGCCCAGCCCCACCUGGAUGGAAGAACAGUACACCCCACCCCUGCAGAGAGCCACUGGAUGCUCCCAGCCUAGCACUGGAUGCUCCCAGCCUAGCCUGUACCCCCCUGAGGGGCUCCCACCACCGGAGCUGCUUUGCAGAAGAAAGAGAAGGAGGCCCCCUUUGGCAGGAAUGCAGCAGGGACCUGGGGGCAUCCCAGCCCGGGUGAGGGCAGUCGCUUAUCAUCUGGAGGAUCUAAGGAGGCGACAGAGACUCAUCAAUGAACGGAAAAAUGCCCAGUGGGGCAGCUCUGGGGCUACAUCUGAGCCCCUGGCCCAUGACCUCGGUGGAGUCCCCAGUGCCAUCCAAUACCGGCGUCUGGAAGAGGAGAGGGCUGCCUAUCCACAGGAAGACGGCCACCUUCUCACCAGUGGCGGGACCCAGCUGCUCUGGUCUCCCUGGAGCCCCCUGGACCAGGGCGGGUCUUGCCUCCCCAGGCGGCUGGGCUCCCUGGCCUCCUACAGCGCUGUCGGGGCUAGCAGGACGCUCCACUGCAAGCCCUGGGGGAUAGAGGUGCGGUCUGAGGAGUGAGGAUGGACGCCGUGCCCCCGCUGCCCCCCGCUGCCGCCGCCCCGCGGGCCCCAGGCUGGCUGGCGGCCCUGGAGCUCCCGACUUGUGACAGCGAGGCUUUUCCCCUUCCUUAACGUCUCCCAGCUGCCCCCACCCCUAGCCCCCUCGUCCUCCCUGGUCAACCCGCUCCUCGCGGGGCUUCCCGGGCCGGCUGCCCGCCCCUAGCCCCCAGGCUGGAUCCCGGGCCCUGUGCCCACUCCUCUGUUCUGGCAUUAAAAAGCAAGCGAGUCGA